AUGUUGGAAUCCGAAACUUCCCCAUCGAGAACUUAUAUCGAUGGAGAUGAGCAUCCUUACCUUUCCUCCUCCAGGGUUGUAAAUGAAAGAUCCGGCUUGCGCCACACAGGACUUCAUGUAGCAAAUUCCGAAUCAGGACUCGCUAAUGAUGCUAUCGACCAAGACAAUACCGAAUCCCUGGACCAGCGCACAGAUAUCCAGCCCCUUGUGAGCAUCACGGAUGUGGGGCGCUAUUCCGGAAGGCGUCAGAGUCGCGGAGUUGGCAACCUGCUUGGACGAAGCUCUAGUAGAUUUGCUCAACAAAGUAACGAGAGCCCAAGGGCUCAACUUUUGAGCGCAACCGCGCUGGCUUUAGCUGCUCAAAUGUCUGGAAAUUCCGAGCAGUCCGUGACUAAUGUACAAUCUUUGCGCUCGGACGGUUCUGAUGGUAGACUCAACCCAGUAUACCAAAUCUUGAAUCAUAUUAUUCGCGCUCAUGGUAGCGAAAGCCAAGACAUGCGUUCUGACGUAUCUCCAGCACUCAAUUCCCUUCGAAUCUUUCGAUUUGUCUCACGCUCAACAGCUUCAUCGCCAACGGCUACGCCUCCGUCUAGCGAAAGACCUAACUCCGCUCGCUUGAUGAGGGGCUCAUCAGCAAAUGGUGACGACUCCUCAAACGAGCGUACUGGCGGUAACGUGACAAUAGUCGUUGUUGCUGUUCACUCAGCGCUGUCUGACGGAGAUUCUUCCGAUGCGGGGAGCCUGGACAAUGCAUCUCUUCGAGAGACCCCUUUGGAUUCUCUCAUCAAUCUGCCCACCCUUGAUGAGACAACGAACCUGAUGAGAACUAAUACAGUUGCCCGCGAGGACGCUCUUCUGAACCCUGGGAUAGCUACCUCGCUUGGCUUCAUAGACUCCCCGCCUGGCCCAAUUCCACCUCCUUCAACGCCCGCUGAACACACUUUGUCUCGCGUUUCAUCUCAACCAACUACCCCAAAUCGUCGCCCCUUCCUUGCAAGAGGCGACAUCAACGUCCGGGGGGAGACGGUGCGCUUUAGCCAGCAAAGGCGGCGAAGUGACUCCGAGUCAGUCAGGCAUCGUAACUUGGGCGCAGGUGCAGCCCGUAGGAAUGGCGUCGUAGAACCUGACACAUUGAGCGCAGGCGAGGAAACAGCAAGCGAUGGUCAGAAUUGGCUGAUAUAUAUAGUUGGGACGGAUCUGUCAGAAAAUCACCCUGCGUGGGCAGCGCCUAGUCUCUUCACUGACGUGAGUGUUUUGCAGCCCGAAGACGCCUAUUCGAGAAAGACUAUUAAUGAUGUCGGACAGGACCCUUCUUACGAGGACAUGUUGAUGCUUUCAUCUUUACUUGGUCCAGCGAAGCCCCCAGUCGCAAGCUCCCAAGACGUUGCUGCAGCUCCAGGAGUUUUCAAACUUUGUGACGUCGUAGAUGGCUAUUUCACAGGCUCAGAAAACAUAGCUGAAUCCGCCAUCAAGAUUGCCCCUCGUGAACGGUGUCUAGUAUGCCUUAAUGAAUACCAAGCCGGAGAGGAGUUGCGGCAGCUCAUGAGAUGCUCCCACAUAUUCCAUAGGGGCUGCAUCGACGAGGUGAAUUUCCUAAAUAUUCAUAUAAUAGUGGUAUCCUAA